UCCCCUUCAGUCUUGCACAGGUGUACCGGCUCCUCCCCUCCAGUCUUGCACAGGUGUACCUGCUCCUCCCCUUCAGUCUUGCACAGGUGUACCGGCUCCUCCCCUUUAGUCUUGCACAGGUGUAACGGCUCCUCCCCUCCAGUCUUGCACAGGUGUAACGGCUCCUCCCUUCCAGUCUUGCACAGGUGUAACGGCUCCUCCCCUCCAGUCUUGCACAGGUGUAACGGCUCCUCCCCUCCAGUCUUGCACAGGUGUACCGACUCCUCCCCUUCAGUCUUGCACAGGUGUAACGGCUCCUCCCCUCCAGUCUUGCACAGGUGUACCGGCUCCUCCCCGUCAGUCUUGCACAGGUGUACCGGCUCCUCCCCUUCAGUC